AGGGAGUCUUCAGAGCUGCCCAGCUUCUUUGCCUCAGUGCCCUGAUCUCCGAACUGAUGCACCAGGACGGAGUGGCAGCGUGGACCUAUCAUUACAGCAGGAAGAGCUACUCGUGGAAUGCCUCCCGGAAAUUCUGCCAGCAGUACUUCACAGAUUUAGUGGCCAUCCAGAAUAAAGGCGAGAUUGCUUACCUCAACGAUGUCUUACCUUACGACAAAGAUUACUACUGGAUUGGGAUCCGCAAGAUUGGUAACAAAUGGACCUGGGUGGGAACCGGCAAGGCUCUCACCAAGGAGGCCGAGAACUGGGCCGACAACGAGCCCAACAACAAGAGGAACAACCAGGACUGCGUGGAGAUCUACAUCAAGAGUCAGUCGGCCCCUGGCAAGUGGAAUGACGAGCCGUGCAUGAAGAGGAAGCGGGCGCUGUGCUAUAAAGCCUCCUGCCAGGACGCGUCCUGCAGCCAACGAGGGGAGUGCAUCGAGACCAUCGGGAACUACACCUGCUCCUGCCACCCCGGCUUCCACGGACCGGAGUGCGAAUACGUCAGGAAGUGUGGGGCACCGGAGCUCCCUCAGCGUGUGCUCAUGAACUGCAGCCACCCGCUGGAAGACUUCUCCUUCAAGUCACAGUGCAGCUUCCACUGCGCCGAAGGGUACGCCCUGAACGGGACCCGUGAGCUGGAAUGUUUGGCUUCCGGAGCCUGGUCGAGUAAGCCCCCACAGUGUGUAGCCAUCCCGUGCCCCCCGCUGAGGCCUCCCGAGCAAGGCAGCGUGCGCUGCCUGCACGCUGCGGACGCGGACCCCCACCGGCCCAGCUGCAGCUUCAGCUGUGAAGAGGGAUCUGUCUUAGUUGGGCCAGAGCUGGUGCAGUGCACAGCCUUGGGGGUGUGGACGGCCCCGCCCCCCAUGUGCAGAGCCAUUGCCUGCGCGCCCCUGGAGAGCCCCGCCCACGGGAGCAUGCAGUGCUCCCCAUCCUCGCGAGCAUUCCGGUACAACGCCAGCUGCAGCUUCCACUGUGCUGAGGGCUUCGUGCUGAGCGGAGCUGACACCGUUCGCUGUGCUGCCGUGGGACGGUGGACAGCGCCAGCCCCUGUCUGUCAAGCCAUUACCUGUGCACCUCUGCUGAGCCCUCAGAAUGGAACAAUGACCUGUGUCCAGCCGCUGGGACGUGCCAGUUAUAAGUCUACAUGUCAAUUCACCUGUAAUGAGGGGUUCUCCCUAUUCGGACCAGAAAGAUUGGAUUGCACUCCAUCUGGACACUGGACAGGUCCCCCACCAACGUGUGAAGCUGUCAGGUGCCCAGAAUUGCUUGCCCCCGUGUCGGGAAGCAUGGACUGCUCUGGCACUCGCGGAGGAUUCACCGUGGGUGCCACCUGCCGUUUCUCCUGUGCCGAGGGCUUCCGGCUGGAGGGGUCCCACGACACUCAGUGCACAGCUUCUGGAAGGUGGACAGCGCCGCCCUCAGCCUGUGAAGCUGUCAAAUGCUCUGAGCUGCAUAUUACUGAGCCAAUACUGAUGAACUGCUCCAACCCUUGGGGACAUUUCAGCUAUGGAUCCACCUGCACCUUCCACUGUCCAGAGGGGCAACUGCUCAAUGGCUCAGGGAGGACCGCAUGCCAACACACAGGCCAGUGGUCAGCGGCUGUGCCAGCCUGCCAAGACGGGUCUCUGACUGUCCAGGAAGCCCUGACUUACUUUGGGGGAGCAGUGGCCUCGGCAACAGGCCUGGCGAUGGGCGGGACCCUCCUGGCUCUGCUAAGGAGGCGCUGCAGACAAAAAGAUGAUGGGAAAAGCCCCUUGAACACUCACAGCCACCUGGGAACGUACGGAGUUUUUACAAAUGCUGCCUUUGACCCGAGUCCGUAAAGGACCUGUCCUUUACCUGGUCGCUCAGCCUCAGAGAUUCCUAUUGUUGAACAUCAGGUUUCCUGCUAGACUUGACAAACUGGAGUGUAUUUGCUGCAGUUUUCUGUAAAUACUUUGAAUAGAGGAUGUGGCAUUUCCAUGAGACUAGCUCUGGACCAGGACAGAGGGACUGCCCGCAAGCCCCAACUCUCCACCCACUGUCCUUCCUGCUCCGCCUCCCCUCUUCCUCCAGCACGGGCUCGGCAGCGGGACUGACUGUGCCUGCAGGGGUCUGUGGCUUCACCCAGCUGUCACCUGGAAUACGAGUUAGCCAAAGCCUGGAGCAUCUGAGUCACCAGAAGACCACACUGUGGAGACACAGAAGUGCCUCUUUAUUUUAGGGCUGAAAGGAGGCAUCCUGUACUCUUUUGGAAGGCAGGAGGAGGUCCUUGGCCAUAGGGAAUGUCUCUGAGGUCUCAGGGGUCCCAGUGUGGCUGUUGAUGAUGCCCCCAAGUCCUCUGCUGCCGCGGCUUCCAGGGACGCUGCAGAAGACUGAGGAUGAAGACAGGACGGCACAGGCCACUAUAGCUCGUCCCUCAGCUUGUCACUCUCCCCCAAAGACCAAUAUUCAAAUGUGUGAUUAACACGAUUCCCCUGAAAUGCCAUGUUCUAUUAUUUGAUGUGUUGUUCAUUAAGGUCUGUCCAUCACUUUGUUUACUUCAAUGUAAUUCACAAUUACCAUUGUCCCCUUUACCGUUUGACCCUUUGAUCAGUCAGGAAAUAUAUAUCGUACCACCUUCCCACAAGAAGAAAACCGAGAAGCACAAAGAGCCUUUAUCACCUGAAUGUUCUACAGGGAAGAGCAGAUGUAUUUCACACAUUCUUUAAAUCACAUGUUCAAUAAAUAGGCUGUUGAAAGUUACACAGUGGUUAUCUGGAACUAAUCAAUUAAAAAGAGGCCAACAACACAUCUGUCUUGUCUCUGAAAUGUGAGGCAAUGAACAU